GCGGAUUAUCAGAACUCCAGGCAGCUGAGCUGGCCAUUGAGCCGUUCAUCUCCAAAUGGUCCAGGGCUGCUGGUGGUGGGCUCGCACCCCUGAAUUUGGACACAGACACACUCCGCGAACUAUCCAACCCAUCCUCAGCCAGCCUGCAUACACCGGAGGUGGAUAGCGCUGAGUUAAUCGGAGACGCAUACAAACGACCCAGCGAGCGUCUAAACGAUGUGCUAGUGCGUCCUAAACCCAAGGCAGUGGCCAAGCCUCCUGGAAAGAGUACCGGUACUAAGCGAAGUGAAAAGGGACAGACAUGUUUUAAGUUUGGUGAAAAGAAACAGGUGCAUGGAGGAGGUAACCCUCAGACCCCGAGGCAGGUUGUCGAUGGUGAAAUGGGUGCAGCGUGUAGCUCUGGCGACAGACAGGCGGGCCCGAAAACGGUGGAGGACAAGACAGCCCCAACCAUCGAAUCCGCGGAUAAGGACAACCCCGCGCACGCGACCAAUCAAAAGGCGCCGAAUGACAACGACGCGUGGUCAUUGGACGUUACUGAUUUCCCGCGGCUGGCUGGGCGGAGUGGAGUGCUGGUGCCGUCACCGCCCACAAUCAUGUUUGUGGGCAACACGCAUAGAUCUACUGGAGAUGCCCGAUUACCACACGCGUGGUGCGUGUUUGUCACUGAUAGACCGGAUGCGAUAGGCGAGUGCGCGAGUGUGGCGUCCGUUCAGGUGCAAUUGCACCCCACAUUCAAGCCCAGUGUCAUCACACUGGAUCAGCACCGCAAGGUCUCCCGAGAACGCCGGUCUUUUAUGCCGUUUGUGGUGCAAUUUACUAUCAUAUUCCACCCCAGCGUGCACCUGAAACAUCAGGUAAACAGCUCAGAUGGACAGUUAUGGCCUCCUUCUCUUUCAUAGAAUAUAUAUGCACACACACUCACAC